GGUCAUAUUAUUCCAUUCAAAAGGGUCAUAAUUGUAAGUAUCACUGCAAAGGAGGUUAUAUUUAAAAGUAUUAUUAUAUAAAUGACCAAUAGCGAAACCUAUGAAGACGAUGAAGAAAACAGUGCUCCAAGAAGUUCGUAUAGCACGUAUUUAGCUGAAGGUGCAAUUCUAUUUAAACAAGGUGAAUUUAAAAAAGCGAUUGAAAGCUAUAGUUUGGCACUUGAAAUAAAAGAAAAUGACCCAACUUGUCUAGUUGCUAGAUCUAAGUGUUAUUUAAAGCUUGGGGAUCCUCAAAAAGCAUUACAAGAUGCAGAAACAGUUCUUUCCCAAAAUAAAGAUUCAAUCAAGGGUCUUUGUCAAAAAGCAGAGGCUUUGUACUGUAUAGGAGACUUUGAGUAUGCUCUUGUUUACUACCAUAGAGGGCAUAAACUAUGUCCUGAACUUGACGAGUUCCGCUUAGGGAUACAAAAAGCUCAAGAAGCAAUUGAAAAUUCAAUUGGAAAAGCAGCAAAAAUAAAACUAGAAGCAAAAGGUGAUCUUUCUUUUUUCUCCAAACAGGAUGACUUUAGUACAAAAAAACGCGGAUUGCUAAAACAAACACCUUUAAUCCAAAUAAAGCCUCCAAUUGCAAAUCGUAACAAAGAUGUAAAAUUACUAACUCCAUCAAAAAAGACUGUUAAACAACUUCUUGGUGAACUUUAUGCUGAUAAGGAAUAUCUUGAAAGACUCAUAAAUGAUGAUCGUUUUUUGAAAAAAAACACUAAAAGUCCCAUAUAUGACCUUGUUCAAGGUGGUUUGAACUUUUUGGAGACAAGAACAGAGUUUUGGAGACAACAGAGGCCAAUUUAUGCUCGCAAAAAAGAAGUUAGGAAAUUAAAAUCCACAGUGAAAAAAAAAAGCAAGUCUGAUGUUGGAAAAUAUGUGUUGCAACAAUUAGAAGAUAUUGAUCAUGCUUUAGGUAAUUUUGAUCCUGAACGAGGACUUCGUCUUGCAAAAAAUCUUUUAAAUUUCACAAAGGAAAUAGAUGAAAAAGAAUUACCACACAAAACAGAAGUUAUAGCUAAUGCUCAUUCGUGCAUCGGGAAUGCAUUAAUUGACCUUGAUGAACUUCCAAAAGCUCUCAAGCAUCACCAAAGAGAUCUUCAAAUUUCUAAAAUAAGUCAAUCAGAUAGUAUUGGCAUUUCACGAGCAUUGGGGAAUAUUGGUCGUGUAAAAGCAAGAAUGGGAAAGUUUGAGGAUGCCAUUCAAAGUUGGGAGGAGAAGAUGCAAUAUAUAAAGACUCCCUUGGAAGCAACAUGGCUGUACCAUGAACUUGGUCGCUCUUACUUAGAAUUAAAUUCCCUUGACACAGCCUUAAGUUAUGGAUUAAAAUCACUUGCAGCUGCUAAAGAAGGCAACGAUGAAUUUUGGCAGUUAAAUGCAAACGUUCUUAUUGCACAAGCAUAUGGUAACCAGAAAAAUUUUGAAAGCAGCAUUGCAGCUUUUGAAAAAGCUUUAAGUCUCGCCGAUAUAACAGGAGACAAAAUAGCAAAAACAGCUAUCACUAAAGCUAUAAAUGAUACCAAAGCAAAAUCUGAAAUAUACGCUUGUGAUAAUCUGGCUAACAGUAGCAAUGAACAAAUUAAACUUGACUGUCAAAUUUCAUCUAAAGAUUUAGACGAAAAUAUGUUUAACUCAGGAGAAUUAUCCAAUGACUACAAACAAAAAAUUAAUAACACCAAAAAUGUUUAUACUGAAUGCAGUGUGACAGAGCAAUUAAAUGAAUGUGAUGAAACGGAGCAACUAAACGAAGUUGAUUCUUUUUUUGAUCAUACUUAUCAAGAUGACAUUCAGCACUGUGAAAGUUUGGACUGUACUACAAAUAUGUCAGGAAAUAACAGCAAUAUUAUUACUGAGUCACCAUUAAAUACAAUAAUAAGUGACCAAAUGAGUUAUGAAUCACCAAGAUCUGAAAAGGAUAUGAAUUUGUCAAACAGCGAUGCAAAUGUGAGUUGUAUAUAUGAUGGAAAUUCAUUAGAGGAAGCAGAGAGGGACGAAUCAAAGAAUGAAAAUUUUACAGGGAAAUCAGAUGAUACAUCCGAAAACAUUUUCAAAAAUGCCCCUGAAGUAAAAAGAAUUGAUGUUCAGUUAGAAGAAAAUAAUGCACUAGUUUUAAAAAGUGAUUUAACUCCUUCUCUUGGUCUAAUAUUGGAAAAUUUUUUACCUGGUAAAGAAAUAGAUUUUAUAGAAACUCGAAUUAAUGCAACUCACACCGAGCAUCUAAUCAAUGAAAUUCAUACUGAGCAUCUAAUCAAUGUAACUUGCAAUGAGCUUCAAAUCAAUGAAACUUGCACAGAGAAUCUAGUUAAUGAAAUUCAUACUGAGCAUCUAGUUGAUGAAGUUCACACUGAGCAUAGAAUCAAUGAAACUUGCAUAGAGCUUCAAAUCAAUGAAACUCACACUAAGCAUAGUAUUGAUGAAACACACACAGAGCAUAGAAACAACGAAACUUACGAUGAGCUUCAAAUUAAUGAAACUUAUAUUGAGCACAAAGUCAAUGAAACUCAUACCGAACAUCAAAUCAAUAAAGUUCUUAAAAUAGAAGCUCAUGCUGAGCCCCCACUUGGCGAAACUAACGUUGAGCCUUCACUUGGCGAAACUAACGCUGAGCAACGGAUUAUUACAACUGAAAAGAGUGAAUUGUCUGACCAGGUUUUCAAUUAUGAAACAUCAUUUCAAACAAGUUACACUGUUACCAGCAAUGAACCUAGUAAUUUAUUAGUUUUAGAAAGUUCAAUUAUGUCAGAUGAAAAUUUAAAAACAGUUAAUUUAAAUACCACAACACAUUAUGAAAACGAAUCACUUUGCAAUGAAAGUAUAACGUUCACUGAAAAUUUAACAGCAGUUAAUGAUAUUUUAAUAGCAUGUAAUGAAAACAAAGAGUUGGGUGAUGAAAGUUUGUACAACGAGAAUUCAACACCGUUUAUUGAAAAUGAUAUUGAAUUUAAUAAAAAUGAAAGAAAAUGCAGUUUAAACAUAAUAACAUGCAAUAAAAAUGAAGCAACGCUCAAUCAAAAUGAAACUGCGCGCAAUGAAAAUGAAACUCCGCGCAAUGAAAAUGAAACUGCAUGCAAUGAAAAUGAAACUGCGUGCAAUGAAAAUGAAUCAGUAAACUUUAAUAAUAUAAAAACACCCAGUGAGGAUUUAAUACAAUGUAAAGAUAAUGAAACAGCUUCUAAUGAAAGUUUGUUAUUUUGCAAUGAAAGUUCAAUAGCAUACAAUGAAAGUUCAAUAGCAUACAAUGAAAAAAGAAAUGCUUCUGCUCUAGAUCUACAGUCUGAAGUGGAAGAUCAGCUGACAAAUAAAAACAAUAAUGAUCAAAGACUUGCAAUAGCAAGCCAUCAUACUGCAAAUUAUGAACGGAACAGCAUAACUAAAGAGUGCGAGAUUGCAAACAAUUAUGAACGCAACAGUGCAACUGAAGAUUGUGAGAUUACAAAGAGUUAUAAACGCAACAGCAUAACUGAAGAUUGUGAAAUUACAAACAAUUACGAACGCAACACGAUAGCUGAAGGUUGUGAGAUUGCGAAGAGUUAUGAAUGCAACAGCAUAACUGAAGAUUGUGAGAUUGCAAACAAUUAUGAACGCAGCAACAAAACUGAAGAUUGUGAGAUUGCAAACAAUUAUGAGCGUAACAACAUAAAUGAAGAUUUUGAGAUGGCAACCAAUUAUGAGCAUAACAGCACAACUAAAGAUUGUGAGAUUUCAAACAAUUAUAAACGCAACAGCAUAGCUAAAGAUUGUGAGAUUGCAACCAAAUAUGAGCAUAACAGUGCAACUAAAGAUUGUGAAAUUGCAAACAAUUAUGAACGCAACAGUAUAACUGAAGAUUAUGAGAUUGCAAACAAUUAUCAACAUAGUAAAACUAAUGAGAUAACUAUUGAUAAAAGCAAUUAAUGAAUUCAUAUAAUCUAACUUUUUUUAAAUAUAAUUACGCAAAAUAUAAGGUUAUAAAAAAUGAAUCUUUCUAUAUAAGUAUGUAGACACAAAACUAAAGAAAAUGAAUAUCUAUAUAAAAAGAUUAAUUCACAAUA